AUGGCGGCGCUUGGCGCCUACCGCUGCAUCGAGUGCAGCAGGGAGGCGGCGGAGCUGUACAGGGACUACCAGCGCGGCGUGCUCCGUAUCUCCAUCUGCAAAUCCUGCCAGAAACCUGUGGACAAAUACAUUGAGUAUGAUCCUGUUAUCAUCUUGAUUAAUGCUAUUUUAUGUAAAGCACAAGCAUACAGGCACAUUCUUUUCAAUACAAAGAUAAAUAUUCAUGGGAAGCUCUGCAUAUUUUGUUUGCUCUGUGAAGCUUAUCUCAGGUGGUUGCAACUACAAGAUUCAAGCCAAAAUACAGAUCCUGAUGACUUAAUCAGAUAUGCCAAGGAAUGGGAUUUUUAUAGAAUGUUUGGUAUAGCUUCUUUAGAACAAACUUCAUUUUUGGUUGGCAUUUUUAUUACCUUAUGGUGGAUGAGACCUGAGAUGCUGAAAACAAAGUCUGACUUCAUUUUACUUCUCAAAGCACUGCUGUUGUCCAGCUAUGGAAAGCUUUUGCUAAUUCCAGCUGUUAUUUGGGAACAUGACUACACGCCUUUGUGCCUUGCGUUUAUAAAAGUGUUUGUCUUGAUAUCAAACUCUCAGGCAAUUAGAGUUACAUUGAACUUGAACCGAAUGCUUCCUUGGUUGGCCAUCUUCUUUGGAUUAAUUUUGGAAAAUGCUGUGGUCUGCUUGUUCCAGAAAAUGGGAUGGGAUGUUUGAAACGUCAGCCCAGAUCUGAAGAAAUACCAACAACAUGACGAUCAUUUUCUCUGCCAGCAGGCUCCAAAACCACUAUUUUCAUAGUGAUAAAGAAGGUGAUAGAUAACAAAAACUUGCAUUAGUGGUGAGUGUAGACAGUUUUAGGAUGAGUUAAAAUGAGAAACUUCAGAAGUUUGGCUAUUUAAUGUGGUGAGCCAUAAAACUUCAGCCUUAGCUUGUUUAUUUUCCCAUUAAAAAAUAUGAAAUGUGUCACUAUCCUAAUAGCUUUAUAAAUCUGGCUGCAUAGCUAUGGCUGUAACAAAAAAGGUACACUAAAAAAAUUCAGCACUGCUACCGAUCACUGCAUUUUGGCAGAAAGAGGAGGAUGAAUUGUUCCCUUAAGAGGAAGGAAGAGAGUCAGUGGAAAAAUGUAAAAGCCAAAAUUGGUAUUUCUGCAAAAACAGAUUUUCAGAGAGAGAAGUAAACGUGCAAACAGUUUAUUAGAGAAAAGGCAAGUAUUGCAGAGUAAAACUACAGUGGGAAAACUAAGUUGCAUUCUCUGGAAUGUUUAUGUAACAAUCCAAAAUCAUAAAAUAUCUAGUUCUAGAGUAAUCUCUAGGAACUAUAGUUUUAACUGGCUUAAAAUUUUAUGUGAUCUCAUAAAUGCUGCUGCUUUGUUGUGAAAGCUGAAAAGAGAGUGAAAGGACUCUGAUCCCCAGCAGCAUACAUGGUCGGUUGGGAUACCGCUGCUUCUGCAUUUAACAUUAAGCCACAUCGCCUGCACCCAGCCCUCAUCUGGCAGCAGGUUUAGUGGAAGCAAAAAGUGAAGUAUGAGGCUGCUCAGCCAUAGAGUAGUAGUUGUUAAAAAAAAAAACCCAAAACCCAAGACAUAUUUAGGCCUAAAUUGGUGAAGAAACAUUUAUAGAAGUUCUGCACCUUUUUCCCAGCAGGCAAAGAGAGGACUAGGUGGCCCACAAAGGAACUGGCAGAAUCGGUUUCCACAAGACAGUAAUUAGGACACGAACCUACUUCUUUUGUGCAGAGCAGUUUCCAUUACGUUCCAUCCAAUGUUUAAUUCUCCUGCUUCGGUUCUGGAAGGCAGUACUAUCUAUAGGUGCUACUUCCAUUCUUCAUUUUCCUCAGGUGCAGUAUCCUAUCUGUAUUUUGCAAAAUGCAUCAAAUAACGUUUUGCAAAAUCUUCAAGUUACUUCCAAAGAGGUUUAGAGUAAGUCUAGUUUAUGACCACAGAAGACAUCAGACACGUUUGUGUUACACUUUACAUCUUUCUGAGCAUGUAGAGAAGGCAAAAACCCCCAAAUUGCAACCUCUUUAAGUACAUGAGACAGUUUAACGCUACAACUGCCCCAGCAAGCACAUAGUUGUGAAGGUGUCUGAGGGAUCCACCUUGCUACUGGUGUGAAUCAGUGGCCAAACAAUUGAGUGUAGGUGUGCAGUUGCUCACUGGCUGAGCAGCAGCUUUGUCAACAUGGUACCUAAAGCAUGCUUUGCUUUACAUAAUUAGAUUUAGGGAGAUACUCCGCCCCCAAAAGCUUUUUUAAAAACAGUAUGUUGCCAAAGGUGCUUUGAGUAGUGCUCAUCUUCCUUCCACAACACCAGCACACAGCAUUGCAACAGAGGCUGCAGGUUGAGAAGGUGCAAAGGGCAAGAGCAGUAGAUCUUUUAGAAAAGCUUCAGGGGUGCUGGUCUGGCCUGCUUUCGUUUUCCUCCUUCACCUUCUGCCUUGAGUUUAAGAGGGAAUGAAGUUGUGCGGUAGCAGAGGGGAUGACAGAAGAAUACGCACUAGGAAAAUGCUGGUACCUGCUGAGCCAAACCCUGUUUGUUAUUGUAGCUGUCAUCUUGCUUUUACCCAGCUCUCUGUUCAUCUUAGUACGACCUUAGCAUUGCAGCUGAUAAAAGUUUCUCACUCUUGUAUUGGGUUUGUGUGGCAAGGUUUUGGUAGCGGGGGGCUACAGGGGUGGCUUCUGUGAGAACCUGCUAGAAGCUUCCCCUAUGUCCGAUAAAGUCAAUGCCAGCCGGCUCCAAGUCAGACCCACCGCUGGCCAAGGCCGAGCCCAUCAGCGAUGGUGGUAGCACCUCUGUA